UCCCGUGCCCCUCUCCAUCUGCAGUAACACAUUGCUUCAUACCCUACUUAUAGAGGAUUGUAUACCAACUUAGCUCUAAAGUUACAAAGUGUGGAGAAAAACUCUGAAAGCCAUGGCUGUCCCACAAGUUGACAAGAAAAUGCUUGGUGAACUUGAAGUAAUGGGAUUCCCCGCCAUUCGUUCAAUUAGGGCGCUCCAUUAUUCUGGUAAUUCCAAUCUUGAAUCUGCGAUAAAUUGGCUUCUGGAACAUGAAAGUGACCCAGAUAUUGAUCAGUUGCCAUUGGUUCCAAGAGAAAUCAGCAUUGAAUGUGGUGACACAUUAGACGAAGUGAGAAACAGCGCUCAAGUAGUGAGGACUCAUGCACAGGAGAGAAAACAAGAGGAGCAAACUGAAGCUGGAAGUCAGAAGGAGACUUCACUGGUGGAAAGAGAACUACAUGCAGAUGAACACAGAGAAGAGGAUAGAAAAAGGAUUUUAGCACUAUACAAGUCCAAGCGUGACGAGGAAGAAAGAGCAAGAGGGAGAAUCCAAAAUCAAGUCCAAGAGGAUAAGAGGGAGAGGAUUCAAGCUGCUAAAGAUCUUAUGGAAGCAAAACGGAUUCUUGAAGAAAAACAAAGAAAACGCAUGAUGGAAAGUCAAAAAGCAGAACGAGAGGAGGAGAAAAGAGCAAGAGAGAGAAUCCGUCAACGUAUAAAUGACGAUAAGGCAGAAAGGAGGAGAGGACUUGGUUUGCCGCAGGAAAAUACAGUAGCAUCAACCCCGAUAGUAACUCCCAAAAAGGUAAAACCUACUGAACCUGUUGUAACAUCGGAACAACUGAAAGACUGCCUGCGCACUCUGAAAAAGAAUCACAAGGAUGACAAUGCUAGAGUCAAAAGAGCAUUCCAAAUAUUGCUGAAGAUAAUCGCCAACAUAGCAAAGAACCCAGAAGAGGAGAAGUUCAGAAGGAUUCGACUAAGCAAUCCUGUUUUCAAGGACAAGGUGUGCAGUCUGCAAGGCGGCGUCGAGUUCCUGGAGCUGUGUGGGUUCCAGAAGCUGAGGAACAACAGCUACCUGUACAUGCCGAGGAGCAAGGUCGACGUGGCGCUCCUCAAUGCCGCAGGGGUUGAGAUCGCGUCUGCCAUGGAGAAUCCCUACUUCGGUCUGCUCUCCAAGUGAGCGGGACAGCCUUCAUUCAUCUCUGCAUCACAUUAAGAGCCCAUCUACUUCGUACAAGCUUCGUGGUAAUGGAAUGGAGUACCAGCGAAUGGACGGCACUGUGGCGAAUGGAUCUCGUCGAUCGGAUCUAUCCCCUGUUGCCGGCAAAUUAUGUAGUAGUACCACCAUAGCGCAACAUUGCAUUCCAAUAAAUCCACUGGGUUUCUGGCAACAAUGGCCUGGCGUUUCUCAUCUUACCAAAGAAAACGGUGCGUGAUUGCAAUUGUAUUCGCGAAUCCUC